CGCUGCAGCAUAUCGUAAGGAAAAGGUGGGCAGUGAGUUGUUUCCAAGCACUUAGAGUUAAUUUUAGCGAUGAACUAUUCAUCACGUUUAUUUACUUGAACAUCACUCACUGUAUUUAACAAGAAGCAUAAACUUUGUUUUAAACUGGACCGAUGUUUAUUUCAUAAAUCAGUUGCAUCUGUAUGUGACAAUCAAACCUGAACACUGUGGCAAUCAUCCUUAAAGCGGGUGUUCGCAGAUUACGAGAAUGGAUUUCAUCUCUUUGGCAUUGUGGACUCUUUGCAUUGUUCUGAUUCUCAAAAUUCUGCCGACAGUACGUCGUAAAUAUGUUAUUCGGCAGAAACUUAAGGAUUUUCCCAAAGUCGGUGGACUUCCUUUCUUCGGCAAGAUGUUUGAGAUAAUAAAUAAGCCGGAACACGAACGCAUGAAAGUGAUGGUAUCGUUUAUGGAAAAGUUUAAAGAAGGAAUAUUCGUAGAUUGGAUUGUAACCAAGCCUUUUAUUACUGUGUUUAAGCCAGAGUACUUAGAGCAUAUUUUUCCUAGCACCGUGAACAUCACCAAAGCAGAUAUGUAUGAUCUUUUUAAACCUUGGUUGGGCAACGGACUUGUGACUUCUACAGGACAAAAGUGGUUCCACGAUAGAAGACUCAUCGGACCAACGUUUCACUUUAGUAUAUUAGAUCAAUUUGCUGUGGUACUAUCUGAAAAAGCAGAGAUCCUGACAAAGUGUUUUCAAAGAGAGAUAGAAAAAAAUUCAAGAGAAGCCGUUGAUGUCUUCCCUUUUGUUAUCAGUGCUGCUCUCGAUAUUAUCUGCGAAACGGCAAUGGGUGUAAAUAUGCAUGCUCAAGAAACCAAAACACAAUAUACUUCAGCAGCACAUAAAGCCUCCAGGUUAAUAGUAGAUCGAUCAAUGCGACCGUGGUAUUGGAUUGAUUGGUUGUAUUAUCGACUGCCUGCAGGGAAGGAAUUUAAAUCAGCGCUUAAUACAUUACAUGAAUUCACAAAAGGGGUGAUAGAUCAGAAAAAAGCUGAACGACGAUCGCAAAACCAUACAGAACUCGAAAAUGAAGACGAUGAAUCAAACAUAGGUAAAAAGAAGAGAAAAGCGUUCCUAGAUCUAUUAUUAGACCAGAAUGAGAAAGCUGAUACUCCCUUGACCGAUGAUGAAUUAAGAGCACAAGUUGAUACGUUCAUGUUUGCGGGGCACGACACAACUGCGGUCGCGAUAACCUGGACACUCUUUCUUUUGGGCGAUAAUCUCGAGCACCAAGAAAAAGUUCACGAAGAACUCGAGGAGGUUUUCGGAGAUUCAGAAGAACCAGCCAGUGUAAAAGAGUUGUCGCAACUGAAGUGUCUCGACAGAGUCAUAAAGGAGACACUGCGAAUAUUUCCAAGUGUACCUUUCGUCUCGAGGGAAUUAACGGAAGAAGUAAAAUUGGAUAAAUAUACAAUUCCGAAAGGUGUCCUGGUUACAAUGCCAAUCUAUUUAAUACAUCGAAAUUCGGAGGUUUGGCCGAAUCCAACCAAGUUCGAUCCGGAUCGCUUUCUUCCGGAAAACUCAAAGAACAGGAAUCCGUACGCUUACGUUCCGUUCAGCGCUGGACCGAGAAACUGCAUAGGCCAAAGAUUCGCUCUACUUGAAGAAAAAAUCGUAUUGACUGCUAUUCUAAGAAAGUGGAGGGUGAAAAGCAUGAAAACGCUGGACACGAUUAAGUAUGCUGGCGUUCUCAUUUUGAGACCGUGCGAGGAAGUACACGUACAUUUCACGCCAAAGAAAUAAACAGUUUACCAGCAAAUAUAACAUAUGCUUUUUA